CUUUAACCCCAAUCGGCCAAUUUCUGUGUUUCUUAAACAGAAAAGUGUUUUAUUUACAUUUUCCUGGAUUUCAUCCGACACAGUGGUCAAUUAUUAUUUGUUGAUGAUAGACUUAGACUGAAGUCAUUUAUGACGAUUUAUAAAUACUACAAAAAAAGUAUUAAAAAAAAGCAUAUGAGCAACAGUGUAAAUUGGUGUGUAUUGUAUUGUACGCAUUUCAGUAAUUUAAUGUACUUCAGAGUGGACCUAGGCGUUAGAAAAGUGUUACUUACUUUAGUCUUAGUUAGACUAGAAUAGAUUAUAAUAAUAAUAUUAUAUUUAUACAUUAUUUAUUAACUUAUAUCAGGCUAUUGACUUGACUAACAGGACUAAGUACACAGUGACCAGGUUUUCUUUCAGCUAUAUCUCAAGGGGGGGGGGGGGGGACCCCCCCCCCCCCCCCCCCCGAGAAAAAAUAUGUCCAACAAUAAAUCAACUGGAACUGCUAGCACUGCCGCCCCCCUCCCCCCGAAAACUCUGAAGUGCCCCCACCCCCGAAAAUCUGAAGUGGGGGUGGGGGGGGGGUUCUGAAAGAAACACUGACAGUGACGACAGUCUGUCAACUUAUGACGAUUUAUGUCUUAUAUUAUAUAUUAUAUAGUACUUAUUAGGCUGCAUGUGUCUCUCGAUUAUUGAUUUUAUAGUCUAACUUAAGUCACUAGUUUGUAAGUCCAUCCGUAAGGGUAAGUGACAGUUAAAAUAAAAAAUAAAAAUAUAGGCAUAGUAGUAUUAGUAGAGGCAAUAAGCCUAUACUAUAUGAAUAUGAUUUAAUGAUUAAUAUAAUUUUUAAAAAUAUAUUGCUUUACUUUUAAUUACACACCCUUUGCCCAGCCUUUGGUUAGUUAUAUUAUUUGUAGGGGGGCUAGAAUAAUUAGGGCUUAACACAACUAUUUUUCUUCUUCAUCUUCAUCUAUAUUAUAUAAUAUAUAUUAUUUAGGGCCCACAAUCAAUGUAUUGGUCAUUCUGGCUUCUAUGUAUGUAGAGGGAAAUUUGCAAUGUUUCUGUGCCUGGUAUUGAAGGGGAUAUUUCACUGGUUGCAAGGGCCACUAAGCGAGGGUAUAAUGAACUGGGGGAUGGAAGGCCUGGGGGAAUAGAUGCAAAUGUGUCAAGUGUUGUUGCCUCAACUGUUCUUUUGGAAGCUUGUUCUGGUUCCUGAUUGUCUUUGGCAGGAAUGAGCAGUUCCUGUACUGUGUUCUUGCUGUUAUGAGCCGGAACUGCUUGUCACGGCCUCGUCGCUGUCUAGGGGGGAGAGGGAUGAGUUUCUGUUUAAUGCUGGAGCAGUGGACAAGCCCUUUAUUUACCUUGUAUAUCAUGGAGAGCCUGGAUGAUCAUCGUCGUUCCUCAAAUGGUGACCAGCCCAGUGUUUCCAGCAUGCUGCCAACACUAGAGGUGUUCCUGUAGAGGUUUAGGACAAAGCGUGCUGCCCGUCGCUGGACCACCUCCAACCUGUUGAUGCUCUUCCGGGUUAAUGGGUUCCAGACUGUAGAUGCAUAAUCUAAAAGCAGCCGGACAAAGGCUUUAUAGUUUAUAGGCUCUUUCUUUCACACUGGUUUUGCCGAUUCUUAGAUUGCGCUGUAAGAACCCCAGGGUCUUGUUUGCCUGGUUGCAAACACUGUUAAAAUGCUUGUCCCAGUGGACCUUUCUUUGAAUGGUAACACUGAGGUACCAUAAGAAGGAAACUGGCUCAAAUAUAUGGCUAUGCCGUUCCAAAUGGGGGUGUAGAGGAGUACCACUUCUAGAGACUGACACAGUGUCUGUCUGGCACUUGGCCAGGAUGAAACUCCAUUUCAUGUAUCCUGGUUUUAUUCAAAUAUUUAAUUAGGGAUUGAGAUUGAACUGUUUGAUAAUUUGAUAAUUACAAUUGGGCCAACAGAAUUUUCAUAACUGAUUGAUUCACAUAAUUAAUAACACUACUAGCCCAGUAAUAAUUUUUAAUUAGCAUAGAUAGGGCCAUGCCCAUAGGCAUAACUAACUAACCUUUGUACAGCUUUGUUAGCCUCAGUUUGUUCCUUAAUAUUUGUCUGCUUGAGGUUGCUUUGAUGAGCUUGGUUCAGUUUGCAUUUCUCUAAUUUUUGUUCUAGAAAUAUUUUCAGAGCUUGGCAUUUUACCUUCAUAGCUUUACUAUAAUGUAAUAAUGUUAUGUUAAUUAUGUCAUAUCAUAGAUCAGGUAACAACUGAUAUUAUAUCUCUUAGCUUUCGUAUUACGUGUCUUAGCUUUUGUAUUACAUGUCUUAGCUUUUGAAUGAAUUCAGAAAUAAAAUAUUGUUCUAUAAAAGAAUAAUGUUAAAACGUCUGUUAUUUAGUGUUAAUAAGUGCAUUUUUUUUUUCAAUAAAGCUUUAUUCAAACAUUUAUUUAAGGAAUGAGAUUGCAGUGGUAUACAAACAUUUUGAAACCCAUCUUGCAGAUUCUUGUGGUAUAUUCUAAUAUUAAUUGUAAAUUAAGUGCAGAAAGCCAGACAAGUUAAAAUAAAUUUAACUGAAACAAAAAAGUUAAACUAAAUCUAAUAAAACUUAACAUUAUAAGUUAAGUACCUUAAAAUAUUAUGAUUAAGUAUUAAGUAAAUGAUUAACGCUAAUAUCAGUUUUGUCAUGACUAACCUCCUACUAACAGAACUAUAAUGAGAUUAAAUAAAACAAGUAAAUUAAUAACAAUUGGCAUUGAGUUGCCAUACUAUGACUAUGAUAUGUUAGAUUAAUACAAUAUUUGAUGAAUAAAUCAUUAAUUAUUCAUAAGUAUAAGUCAUUGUCAUAAGUUGACUUUAUAAUUCUUAGUGAUCCUUAGGCCUAAUAAUACUAAUAACUAAGAAGGACUGAGUUAGAUAAAAAAAAAAUUGAUCUAGCCUAGUUAAUAAUUCAAAAAUUAGUCCUAAGUCUACUACUUAGGUCUAGGCAAAAUUUAAAAAAAAAAAAAAAUUAGGUGGGGGUUUAUCAGGUAAGAUAGCAGUUUGCACCUUGCGUGCUCCCAGCAAACAUGAUCUCUAUAAGUUCACUUCUAAGUCUAAACUUCUAAUUUCUACUGUCUACCAUCAGCUGGUUUCCCAACAAUAAUCCUGACAGAACUUGCAACGCCACAGUAGUUUGUGUAUGUGGUGUUUGUGUGUUUUAUUUUUGCUUCGAUUUCCAAGUUUAACUUUAUGCCAUGCCUAAUCAUUUUCUAUUUAAAAAGAAAUAAAUUAUCAAUACUGUAGAGGCAAGCACUGUUUAAAUAUUUAAAAUUGUAGUUGUUAAAAGAUGCAGAAAGUUUAGUAGAAGUCAUGUCGGCAGUAAGAAUGACUUUUAAGUAUUUGAAGGCUCAGAAUCAGACUCAAUAUGCUUAAGAUUGUUAGUUUAAUUGUGAUGCUGGGCAGAUAAAUACGAAUAAAGUAAUAUAGCAAAACAAAUUAUAAGAGCUCCAAGUAGUCCUGGAAAGCUUUCAAAGGCCAGCUCAAUCAUUAACUGGCAUCAACUUGCCUCGAAAAAUGCAGAUUGAAACUGCUGGUCACUGAUAGGAAUGGCUGGAGCUUUCACUGAGAUGCUUGAGUCUCACUGACAAGAGGUAAAUGAAGAAAUGUGUACACAAAGAAAGCAAAAGCUGGCUGCUGAUCUGAGCACUGGACAUGGAUGACUUCACUUAAGCCUAUGAUCCAAGUCUAGAAUGCGCCAGUAUAGUCAACUCUGGCUUUAUAUUCACCUCUUGCUGUAUAGUCACCUCUGGCUAAAUGUUCACCUCUUGCUUCUAUAGUUACCUCUAGCAUCUAUAGUCACCUCUGGCUGUAAAGUCUUCUCUGUUGGUAUAGUCAUCUCUGGCUCUACAGUCACCUCUGGCUCUACAGUCACCUCUGGCUGCACAGUCACCUCUGGCUGUACAGUCACCUCUGGCUGUACAGUUACCUAUGGCUGUACAGUCACCUCUGGCUCUACAGUCACCUUUAGCUCUACAGUCACCUCUGGCUCUACAGUCAACUCCAGGCAUACAAAGGACCUCACAACCAGUGAGACAAAGCUCAAGUCACAAUAAAUAUUUUUACAGUAUCAGAUCAUUAUAAUCAACAGCAAAUGUUGCUGCUUGCCAUGAGGAUGCUGCUCUAUGAUAAAUUUUUUGGAUGCCAUUGUAGCUAUGCCAGUGCUGGAUUAAGAACUAUGGCGAUGGAGAUGCCCAAAACUCUGUAAUAUACAUUACAUCAUUACAUGAUGGAUAUGCCUGAGAUGCCCAUUUGUCAGUACCGUACUAUACAUUACAUCAUUACAAGAUGGAGAUGCCCGUGAUGUCCAUUACUCUGUACUAUACAUUACAUCAUUACAUGAUGGAUAUGCCUGAGAUGCUCCUUUGUCAGUACCGUACUAUACAUUACAUUAUUACAAGGUUGGUAGGGCAGAGAUGCCCGUUACUUAGUGCUAUAAAUAGCAUCAUUACGAGAUGGAGAUGGCAGAGAUGUCCACUACUCAGUACUAUACAUUACAUCAUUACAGGUACAUUCAAGAUCGAAUCAAGUCCCCAACCCUCCCAAAAAUGGGAACUCUUGUUGUUGAAGCCCUAUAGGCACACUCUUCAUUUGCCUUCAUGUUAAUCUGGUACUGCACUCUGCUCUUACCUGAGAUGCAACAACUGAGACAUGGAAUACAAAACAUAAGACAUGUAAUAAAAAAGCUAAGACAUGAAAUACAAAAGCUAAGACAUGUAAUACAAAAGCUAAGACAUUUAAUACAAAAGCUAAGACAUGAAAUACAAAAGCUAAGACAUGUAAUACAAAAGCUAAGACAUUUAAUACAAAAGCUAAGACAUGUAAUAUCAGUUGUUUCCUGAUCUAAAGCCAAAAUAUGAAUGCAAAUAAACUUCAUGAAAACUAUAGACUAUAGUGGGGCCCACGCCCCACAGGGGAGGGGGGCAGUUUGAUUGUUUAGAGGAGCAAUAGGAAAAUGAGCUGUUUAGAAUUGAAAACCAACUGUCACCUAUGAUUUAACUUGUAUUUUGAAAAAAGACCAACAUUAAAAUCUUUAUUUACUUCUCAUACCGCCACUGCCAAUCGUACUCUUGAGGCCAUUUAUGUUAUGAAAUUUCCUUACUCAUCGCUAAAUCUGGAAAAAAAUUAUACUAUGGAAGAGAUUUUAAUCAUACCAUCAAUAUCAGCAUUUCUUAAAUGGGUUCUGGAAAAAAAUGACAAAGACGUGGAAGCUAUGUCACUCAGUAAUAAUACUGUUGGCAGAGGAAUAGACGAAAUGAGUGAAGAUAUUGAAAUACAGUUUUUUGAAAAGCUGAAAACAAGAAAUUUCUCAGUGCAAAUGGAUGAAUCAACUUUAAGAGACAGUGAGGCCGUAUUGAUAACUUACUUAAGAUAUAUUGAUAAAGGUUAUUUAGCUGAAGAAAUUUUGCUCUGUAAAUCUUUAGAAAGCACCACUAUCGCCAAAGAUAGAUAUAUAAUAAGCUAAAAAAAUUUACUUAGAUUUCAAUAAUAUAUGAAUGAAAAAUAUAACAUCUUGUGCUUCAGUUGGGGGACCUAAUAUGAUGGGCAAAAAAAAUGGCUGCUUAAACUUGAUGAAGGAUGAGAAUUCAGAAAUGCUUUUUGUGCAUUGUGUUAUUCAUAGGGAAAACUUAGUAGCUAAAAACAUUUUGCCUGUUCUAAAUGAAGUACUAAAUUCAGUUCUAAAGUGUAUCAAUGCUAUUAAAGCAAUGCCAAAUGUGAACGUCUCUUCAAGCUAUUUUGUGAAGAACAAAAUGCACACUACAUGAGACUUUUACCUCACACUGAAGUAAGAUGGCUUUUGAAGGAGAAAUGCUUGAAAAGAUUUAUGGAACUAUUUGAUACGCUUGUAGUUUUUUAAAGAGACAAACCUGAUAUGAAGUAGCCUAUCUGUUAACAGUCGAUGGUAAAGCAUUUGUGAGUUAUUUAGCCAACAUCUUUGAAAAAAACAAAAUAUAUAAAAUAACCAACUUCAAGGAACCAAUAAAACUCUUGUAGAUGCAAAAGCGAAGAUAUUUGAAUUAUGUCAGAAAAAUGUUAACAACAAAAAUUUUGAAAAGUUUCAUUGGCUCCAAAAAUGUGAAGUGAAUGAUACCGUUAACUUGUUAUUGUCGACCAUCUGAAAAUUCUAUUGGCAGAUUUAAAAGAAAGAUUUUCUGAUUUGAAACAAAUUGAUUUUCCAACUUGGAUGAUGCAGCCAAUGUUACUCAAUAUUUCAAAUAUGCAGUAUCAAGAAGAACUCGCAGAAAUGCACAUUGAUGAGUCAGUUAAAACUUUAUUUAAUAUAUAAGGAGCAAUGACAUGGCUUUGUGAGGAAUAAGAAAUCAAAUAUCCAAAUUCAAACAAAUAUGCAAGAAGACUUUUGUUGCCGUUUCCAUCUUCAUAUUUAACUGAAUGUAGAUUUAGUGCCAUAAAUGAUUUGAUGCAAAAAAAACAAAAAACAAUUGGCUGGAUAUAAAACAAUGGGGAGACUUGAGACUGAAGCUAACUAAAUUGGACGCUAGCAUAAAAUCUCUUUGCAGCAAGCAUCAAGCACAAAUAUCUCACUAAAUUUAAAUAAUAAAUAAUUACUAAUAAUUAAAAUAAUAAUAUAGAAAAAUCUUUCAUUAAAAUUAUUUCGUAUUUGAAUUUAAGUUCUCCAUUAAAUGUUUUGAAAAUUUACUUAAUGUUUCCUCACCAAUUUCCUAGUGAUUUCUUUCUAAAACUUAUCAUUUAAGUUUCUUCAGUGAACAACCCUAUCUUUGAAUAUUAAACAUUAUGUGUAUGGUACAUGGGGGGCAUAAGAAUUUUAGAAAGGCUUAGGUGGGCAUGGUGCAAAAAAAGGUUGGGAAACACUGGACUAUAGCAAAUCACAGGUGGCAUUCCUAGUGAUGAUUCGGUACCAAAAUGAGACUACUGAUACAAGAUUGAGGGCAAUGCAGUAUCUGUUGUUGAAUCGAAUUUUGAUUUCCCAAUUUUAAUUUUAAAUAGCUUGGCUGUUCUGAAAAUUAGAAAUACUCCAAGAUUGAAACAUGCUAUUUAGACAAAGAUUUUUUAUGAUUUAAAAGGUCUACGAAAUUGUUAAUUAAAAAGUAUUUUUCAAAUUUUUUUUAUUAUUUAGAUCUUCCAAGAUGUCUGAUUUUAUUAAAUCAGUCAAUGUUCAAGAUAUCCGGUUUCCCACUUCUUUAGAAAAAGAUGGCUCAGAUGCAAUGGUAACAUGACAUCAAAUUAAAAGCUUUAAAUUUAAAGGAAGUAAAAAUGUUAAAAUCUUAUUUACAAAUUGUUUAGUAUUUUUAAUGAAUGUGGACUUCUUUUUUUGCACUCUUGUCUAUCAACAUUAUCAUGCAUAAAAUGAGCUAGAUCUAUAUUUUUUAUCAAAAUUUUAUAUUCCAGAAUAAGGACCCUGAUUACUCAUGUCCGUACGUGACUAUAACCACUGACUCCGGUUUACAAGGGUUCGGAAUUACCUUCACUGUUGGAAGAGGCAAUAACAUUGGUAAAUCUUGGUAACUUUUCACCCCAUGCUGUUUAGGCUUAGAUAAGGGUUAGUCGGUGAGAAUCUCAAUUCAUUUAUCGUGAAAUUUUCGCUUUUAAUUUUAAUUACAUUGUUAUCUCAUUAAAUUAACGUCUGUCUGGACAUGUUCUGUCCAUUGUCCAAAAGAAAAUGAUUUUUGUUAAUAGACUUCUACUCUCACCCCACCUUUCUUUUUGAGAACCUUAAAGACAAAUAAACUGUGAAACUUAAAAAAUAGCUUUCAUACCAUGUCAAGUAUAUUUUAAAUCUUAAAUCUAAAUUUUAGUUUACUUAUGCUUGUAGCAGACUCAGAUGUUUACAAAUUAUUCUUUGAAAAAAUGUAAUCACAAACUAACCAAACUAUGCAUUUCACUGUCGCCACGUGGGCUUCUGACCGUGACAACACUUAAAUACAAUUUAUAAUAAACUUGAAAAGAUGUUUCUAACACCAUUUCAGAUACCAAUAUGGAAACAUAUAGAACAAUGCACUGGUGUAUUGAAUCACAAAGCAGGGAUGGUACAUUGCAUGCACAUAUUGUUUUGGAUGAACAUGUCCCUAACCCUUAUUUAUAUACUAAAGCAAACUUAAAGAACCUUUCGAAAAUUUCUAUAAUUUUAUUCAAUCCUGAUGAAAGUUCUUGUAAAUUAAAAGAUCUGCUUAAGCCAAUUGUAAAACAAUAUAAAAUUUCCAUAAUCUUCUAGAACCCCGUGAAUAAUUGAAAAACUUUCUGUAAACUUCAAGAAUAUUUUUAGAACUUCCAGAAUCUUGUAAAAAUGACUUAAACCUCGAAUAUCCUUUUUUAAAAUUUUUUAUUUGACAUAGCGUUUCAUUUUUACAUUACUUGUUGAAGGCCUUUAAUAUAGUUUAUAUUUAUCAAAGUUUGUUAUACUACCUAUUAGCACCUUGGGUUCUGACAGCACUCUAUCAUAAUCACUCCAUGAGGAAGCAUUAUCAGUUUUUCUAUAGUCUUGUUGUUUUUUAAAUUACUUAUCUUACCAUGUAUUACUUAAAUUGACUUUUUCAGUAUGUGAAGCAAUUAAAUUAUUGAGUCAUCUUGUGGUUGGACAAGAGUUAUCAUCUAUUUUUGCAGACUUUGCAUCAUUUUGGAGAUCAUUGACCAGUGAAGAUCAAAUAAGAUGGGUUAGUUCCCUUUUUUUAAUUAUACUUGUUCACAAGAAUAUCACCAACUGGCAAAAUAAAAUAGUGUUGCAUGUGACACUGGAUUAAAUGCCACCGUGAAGAACAGCUUUAAAAGUAAACACUGAAUGUGGCAAAUGAAUGAAAGGGAUGGUAAUUUUUUACUGUUUAAAUUUACUCUAUCAAACAUUUCUCUUUCUGACAGCUUGGUCCAGAGAAAGGGGUGAUGCAUCUUGCAGUUGCUGCUAUAGUUAAUGCUGUUUGGGAUUUGUGGUCUAAGAUAGAGCAAAAGGUAAUUUGGUUUAUGUGACAUUUCACAGUUGAUGCAGUUUAUAAUAAGGACCUCCAUAUUUUGGAAAAUUCAAUGAUUUUCAAUUGAAUUAAUUUGACUAAUUAGUUUUUUUGUGUAUUGGUCAUUGGUUAAUAUUAUAGCGAACAUAAAGCCUAAUCACAAUAGAAUAUAGAAGAAUUGUUUUAUCACAGUAGAAUAUAGCUUAUAACACAAUCAUAAUAGAAUAUAGUAUACAAUAUAAUUACACAUUUUAGGAAAGACUAGAGAUAUAUUAUGGUUUACUUUGCAGUGACAUGGUUUACUGUAACAAGAUAAAUAAUUCAUAUGUUUUUUGUCAUUUUUGUACUUUUCAUAAGCUCUAACGACACACUUUUGAAAAUGUCAUUGCCAUUUGUUUAUAUUCACAGCCACUUUGGAAACUCUUGGUUGAUAUGGUAGGUGGUAUCACCAAAGCUACAGUUUUUUCCAAGUCAUAUGUAUUUUAUUUUCUCUACAACUUCUUAAUGUUUAAAUAUGUUGACAUAUUUGUGUAUUCAAAUUAAUUUAAUAAUAUUUUUGGUAUAAGUUUUUUUUUAAUUAAAAAAAAUCAUGAUAAUAUUUCAUUUGUUUGUAUAAAAGGAACCUGAACAACUGGUUUCAACAAUAGACUUUAGACACACGUGAGUGAUUUAGUCUUCUUUUCUUAAAUUAUUCGCUUAGAUAAUAUUGCUUUUAAACAUUUUUUGAAGAACAUAUUUUUAUUACUACCCUCAUUAAAAAAAAAUCUUGAUCUAUGGCUUAAAGAUUAUUUUAAAGCUAAUUCAUUUUUUUGCUGUUGCCAUAUUGCAGAACUGACACACUGACAAAAGAGGAAGCUCUUGGUAUGUAGAUUUCUGUGUGAUAUAUUGUUACACAAAAUUUGAACUCAAAAUUAUGCAUAAAAAUUGUAUCAUAGCUUUAAAAUGUUAAAUAUUUAAAUAUGGAAGAGUGAAACAACUUUGAUAAAAAUUUUUGAAUAACAAAAAAAUAAAAUUUAAACAAAUAAAAUAAAUAAUGCUAGAUGAAGUUCUCAUUAGAUCCACAGAUUUAAAAUGUCAUUGAUAGAAUUCUGAUUAAAUGUUGGAUUGUGAAAUAACUGCUAAUAAGCAACAAAAAAUGUAUAAUAUUCCCUGAAUUAAUGUUUAAAAUUGAAAUAGUUCAAAAUAAAAAUGGGCUUUUCUGGCUCUUAUAUGGGGUGUAUAUUAGUUGGCCAUGUCAAUGUCAGAUAAGCAAGGAUUGUGAUAAGUCAAAAUGUUACAAAAUUUGUUGCCUUAUUUAAUUAUCUAGAAUAAAAAUAAGCUGUUAUUAAUUAACGAUUAAGUUGAGUUACUUACAAUGAAAUAAGUGUUUAAAUGUUCCUGGUACUAGCUAUAGAUAACAAAAAUCAUGUUGGAUAUUUUGAUCACAAGAAUUAUGUAGAGAAUCAAUAGCCAGACCAAAAACAAAAAAAUCGCAAAAAUAAAUGUAUUUCAUUUCAACAGAGAUUUUAAAAGAAAUGCAAGCUGGAAAGAAUGAGCGAGGUGAGAAGACCUUGAACUUAACAUUCAGAUCCAUAAGCUAUUAUCAAUUAGACUAUGAAUUUCUACAUACAUAUUGACUUUUAUACCUAUAUUUAAUAGUAAAAUUGAAUUAGAUUAAGAUUUAGAGAUGAUAUUUUGUUGUUAUAUUUUGAAAAAACAAUAUUUUGCCAUUUAUCAUAAUCCUACUUUGUUAGCAUUAAAAGUAUUGACCGUAAUGCUACUUUAUGAACAAUAAAAGUAUUUACCGAAAUGCUACUUGAUUAACAAUAAAAGUAUUAACCGUAAUCGCCGUAAUGCUACUUUAUUAACAAUAAAAGUAUUUACUGCAAUGCUACUUUAUUAAAAAUAAAAGUAUUUACUGCAAUGCUACUUUAUUAAAAAUAAAAGUAUUGACCGUAAUGCUACUUUAUUAACAGCAUCCCAUUAUUAAGCAUCCCAUUUAAAUUUUGAGUUGUUUUUUUUUCAAGUCAGUUGAAUACUUUUAAUGAAUACUUGAGAGACUGACAGAAAGAUAGAAGGAGACAGAGAGAGAUACAGAGAGAUACAGAGAGACAGAGAGAGAUAGAGAGACAGAGAGAGAUAUAGAGAGACAGCAAGAGCGAUAGAGAGACAGAGAGAGAGAAGUGAGAGAUAGAGAAUACUUGACCAGAUGACAUUAAUAUAUGCAUGAACUGAAUCUGAAUUGGUAGGGGAUAAUCUUAUUUCUUUUUCUUAUGUUGUUCAUAAUUCUAAUGAAUAGCUGACAACAAUGUACAUCUUAACUUAUGUGUUGUUUUAAAUUCUGUGUGGUAAUUAAUUCUGUGGUCAUUAGUUCUGUUAUGUAUUUCAAUCCUUUUACAUGUUUAUAUGUUCUUACAAAUUAAUGAAUUAAUAAGGACAAUGAGGUAAUGUAGCAAUCUGUGGGUUCCAUAGAACAACUCAUUAAAGAAACUGGGUACCCAGCUUAUACCACAUCUUGUGCUUGGCUUGGUUACAGCGAUGAUAAGAUUGAAAGGGUAAGUUAAGAACUUUCUAGAAUUAUACAGCAAUGGUAAGAUUGAAAAUUUACCAGGGUUAGUUAAGAAAUUUGCCGUGAAGAAUGCUAGAAGCUGUGUUACAGUAUUUCAUUAUACAUGUAAAAUAAAAAUAAUGAAGCAGUGUAACAUUAUUUUAGUAAAUGGAUAGGAUAAUGAUUUCAGCUGACUAGAAGCUGUGUAACGUUUUUUCACUAUACUCAUAUAGGGUAAUGAUUUCAGCUGACUAGAGGACAUUUUAGAAGAAAACUGAUAACUGCUUGUUACUGUUAAAUAUUUUAAAAGAAAAAUGAUCAUCAUUCAGAGCUAAAUAAUUGUGUCCUGUGGUAUUGUCACUGACAUUUUUUUUUCCACUGAAUUUCUUUGAACUAGUUGUGCAAAGAGGCUCAGGCCCAGGGAUUCUCAAGGUAGGAGUCAGUGAGUUGACUGUAUGAGAUGCAAUUCAUUAAACUUGACAAUUGUUUUAUUUGAAAGAUAGUACUUAAUCAUAACUUAAUCAUCCUUAGGUCCCAUAUGUAUAAUUUAGCUGAUAGAUUGUAAAUUUUCAGCUCCUGUAUCAUUCUUAUCAUUGGACUGCACUGACUACAGUCACCUAUCCUAAAAUUCGUUGAAUACCGGUAAAAAAAAAGGAAAUUAAAGAAAACAAAACUCAUGAUAUUUGCAUAAGUACUAGAAAGUGUACAUGUACCAUCAUUAUUUAACUUAGGACCAGAAAGGGUACAUGUACCAUCAUUAUUUAACUUAGGACCAGAAAGUGUACAUGUACCAUCAUUAUUUAACUUAGGACCAGAGAGUGUACAUGUACCAUCAUUAUUUAACUUAGGACCAGAAAGUGUACAUGUACCAUCAUUGUUUAACUUAGGACCAGAAAGUGUACAUGUACCAUCAUUAUUUAACUUAGGACCAGAGAGUGUACAUGUACCAUCAUUAUUUAACUUAGGACCAGAAAGUGUACAUGUACCAUCAUUGUUUAACUUAGGACCUGAAAGUGUACAUGUACCAUCAUUAUUUAACUUAGGACCAGAGAGUGUACAUGUACCAUCAUUAUUUAACUUAGGAACAGAGAGUGUACAUGUACCAUCAUUAUUUAACUUAGGACCAGAGAGUGUACAUGUACCAUCAUUAUUUAAUUUAGGACCAGAGAGUGUACAUGAACCAUCAUUAUUUAACUUAGGGCCAGAGAGUGUACAUGUACCAAUCAUUAUUUAACUUAGGACUAGAGAGUGUACAUGUACCAUCAUUGAUUAACUUGGGGCUAGAAGAUGGAAUGCUUUGCCAUACAACAGACAGUUGAAGGCAUGCAACAUAAUUGACCUAGUAUGGCUACCCAUAAUUAUAAACAAAAUUUUGACCUUACACCAACAAUGCUGUAUUUUGUUUUGGAAUUGUGGCACAUCACAAUCCCAAUACAUUGAGUUAAUUUAAUGUUGUUUUUUUUUCUAACAAGAUUUAAAAUGAAGGUCGGCUCUGACUUGCAGGAUGAUAAACGCAGAGCGCAAAUACUGAGGCAGACAAUGGAUCCCAGUCACCUACUGGUAGGUGUAAAUCUGUCUGAUCAAAUCAGUCACCUACUGGUAGGUUUAUAUCUGUCUGAUCAAUCUCAGUUAAUUCUGAACAUAAAAUAGUUUUAAAUGUAGUAUUUGAGUAGUUGUAAUGUAGUUUAUUUAAAGAAGUCCUGUUAUUUCUUGUAGAUAACUUGCUAAGAACAGCUACAUUUUAACUCAACUAAAUGCAUGCUUUUGGUUAGAAAUGUUGACGAGGAAAUAAUUUCUAUCAGAUGGUGGAUGCCAAUCAGAAGUGGGAGGUCCAGGAAGCCAUUGACUGGAUGAGGGAGUUGGUCCAUUUUAACAUCACCUGGAUUGAAGAACCAACCUCCCCUGAUGAUAUUCUGGGCCAUGCAGAGAUUGCCAAGGUUUGUGAUAAGCCAAUGUAAGAUAAGUGAGGAUUGUGAUAAGUCAAUCUUAGAUAUCCCAGGUGAGUGAAAAACUUCUAUUUUUAGAAAUAUAGCUAAUUACAGACCUGUUUACUCUUAUGAUUUUGCAGUACAAUGUACGAUUUUAAGGUGUGUUCAUUAUUUAUACUGUAUGUUUAUUUUUUUACUAUUUAAGAUAAUGUAUUGAACAAUUUUGUGAUGAUAUUGUACGAUUUUAAGAGUUUGGGGGUAAACAGGUCUGUAAUUACGAAGUGGAGCAGAGCUAAUUGAUUUGAAAGGCAUCAGUGGAAAAAAAAUUGAACUUAACUUAUUUCUUCACUUAAAAAAAAACAAACAUCAAAAUUUUUAACCAUUUUAAAACUAGCCAAAUUAUCAUAACCUGCCAGGUGUUGAAACCUUUAGGGAUCGGCGUGGCCACAGGUGAACAUUGUCAAAACAGGAUCAUGUUUAAACAGUUCCUCAAGGCGGGGGCCAUGCAGUUCUGCCAGAUUGACAGUUGCAGACUUGGAGGAGUCAAUGAAAAUCUGGCCGUCAUUUUAAUGGCUAAGAAAUUUGAUGGUAGGAUGCUUGAUGUCAUAAUCUAUAAACUACAACUGCAACAAAAUAUGAAUGAUAAACUAUAACUACAACAAAAUAUGAAUCUUAUAAGCUACAACUUUAACCCACGAACUGGCCAUUGUAUGUUUCUGUACUGUGCAGGCAAUUUAGAGCUAUUUGAGUGCCUUUGAAAAAUGUGAUUUUUCACAUGCAAAUACUAUAGCUAGAACCCAUAAAGUAUAUAUUUAUUGAAAGUAGACUGGGUGGGGAAUAUUACUGGCUAUUUCUUAAUGAUAUUUUAUACUCGCUGACCAUGACCGUGAACUUGGAGUGACCAAGAAUAAAGAAAAAAAAUAUUUUUAAGCACCUCAAACUACAAUUUUUUGAAGGCAUAUUUUUAGAAUGGUUACAUAAUACGAUAGCAUUUUAUUUAUUUUUCCGAAAAUGUAUUUUUUGUAUAUGUUUUAGCUAUUAAUAGAUUAAAAAAAUUUUUUUUUUCUGAUACCUAUAAUUACGUUCAACAAAGCAUGACAUACAAUUUAAACAUUACUAAAAAAAUAGCAAGAAACAGAUAAAAUUUAAAAAGCCGCUAUAUAAAUAUUUAAUCCAUAAAAUGAAAUAUAAGAAAACAUAUAUAGAAUAUCCAAUUAUUUUUUGUUGGUACAAAAUCAUCUGCAACACAGUUUUGAACGAGUCCUGUUGUUGGGGCAAUGCUUACUCAUUCUAGCUUUAGGCCUAGGUCUAAAACGUCUGACCUUUCGCUUUCUGACCCACUAGAAAAAUAAUCGGAAUUAUCAUUGUUUUCAUGUUUGAUCGUAAGAUCAUCUUCCAAAUCACUUAAGUCAUUAACUGAAAAGAAUUAUAAAUAAGAUCCCUAACUGAUUUAUUUUGUAAGCCAGAUGGUCCAGCUAUGGCCUCAUCCACUUCGCGAAAAUCCACUUACACAAAUUUGUUUGAUAAAGAUCGUUGUAAAAAUAACUCAAAAGUUUAAAAAAGGACACAGAAGAGCGAAAAACGGAAGAUCAUUUAUUAAUAAAAUUAAUAAAAUAUUAUAUUUGGUGUAAAAUAUUGCGCUGGAACUUAUUCUUUCAACUGAUUUUUUUAACAGCCGUUUUUAUCGGCCGACACAGUUAACGUGGGUUAACAAAAACACAGUGUAAAUAUUAAAUGAAUUAUCUCACCAUCACUUGGACUAUAACAUAAAUGAGUGGCUUGGUUUCACCCCUGAAUUCUGAUUGUCUACACAAUCUUUGACAAGCCUUGUUCUCCUCCAGUGCCAGUUUGUCCUCAUGGAGGUGGGGUUGGCCUGUGUGAGUACACCCAGCACUUGUCCAUCUUUGAUUACAUCGCUGUGUCAGGAUCAAUUGAGAAGAGGUGAGGAGUUUGAUGAUUUUUCAAUUAUAUUCUCAUCAACAUUUGACUUCUGGAACUGACCAUGACAGUUGUUAAGUAGACUGCGGUUAGCAUAUCAAGAAAACCUCUCUAUGAGUUUAAGUUGACCUCAGUAAGGAUAUCAAAAUCUCUUUGUGUUAUGUUGACCACAGUAAAGAUAUCAAAAUCUCUUUGUGUUAAAUUGAUCACAGUAAGAUAUCAAAGUCUCUUAAGUUGACUACAGUAAGAUAUCAAAAUCUCUCUAUGCGUUUGAUCAUUUCAGAAUGCUGGAAUAUACAGAUCACUUACACGAGCACUUUGAAAAUCCAUGCAGGAUAAAAAAUGGCAACUACGUUGUGCCAGAUGUAAGUUUUUGAUGAAAUUUUUGUAUUUAAGAAUGGAAACCAAAGCUGAGUCUCAUUUCUGUUGAAGGAAAAUUAAAUGUAAAUUUUAAAAAAGGUAAAAUAUAAUUUGCAUUUUUGUAACCCAAUGUUAAAACAUUGAUUGAUUGAAAUGGAUUAGCUCUUAGGACUUGCCAGCAUUAUUUUUUUCUCUACAUAUUUCUUGCCCUCAAUGAAUCUGGACCUGAUUUUGUCUCUGGCCCCUGAUGUCCAGCCCUUGUCUUGCUCUUUUAAGGCAUCAACUUCAAUCCCAAAAUCAAAAUUUCUUGUUUUUAAUUCCAUCAUUAUUCAAUUACUAGCUUGAUCCCUUUCACAUUAGCGGCUGCAGAAAAAAAAAACCCAGAUAAAUCGUGGCUGAAUCCAUGGACACUUUUAUUUAAGAUGGAAGAAUGGAAGGUGCAGGGCUUUUUUCAACUUGUAAAAGAUUUAUUUCCCAUGCUGAUAAUAAGUGCAUUUCAAAUAGGACUAUAAUUUAAAAUAAGUUUUUUUUUUCUUUCCUCAAAAUAAAUGACUGGUUUUUUUUUUGGUUGUCUUUCCUAUAAAUAACUGACUCUGUUUUUUGUUUGUUUUGGUCUCUGUUUCUUCUUUUAUUUAAAAAUAAGGAAGAGCUGAUCCCUGCUCCAUUGUAGACCAUAUUAAACAUUUUUAUUUUAUCUCAUGCUCACACACAGCACUUCUCUCCCUUUCACCCAUGCCAUAUUCUCUCCCCUUGUGAUGAAUUUAAUAAUACACUUUAAUGUGACUCCUGGCAAGUCAACAUCCUCUUUUUCCCUCCAGGUGCCCGGAUACAGUAUUGAUAUGAAAGCCAGCUCCCUGGCCGACUAUGAGUGGCCGACGGGUCGUGUUUGGCAGGCUCUUAUUAAAGAGGGUGUUUACAAAGUGUAGCCGUUUGCAUUGUCAAUCUUAAAUAUUUGCUCGGCUUUAAAAGAGAGCUGAUAGAUAAGCAACAAAACAUUUUUUCAUGGGCUUUAAGGCAUGCAUUAUGAUGUGUUUCUUUAGAAGAUUUUGUUUUCAAGUCAGAAAGCAUCCUGAUGUUUAAGUCUAAAUUAAAUUUUCUUUUUAAGUAGAUUUAAAAAAAAAAAAUUUUUUACAUAGAGAACCACAUUUAAUUGCUUUAAAAUUCUAAAAUUCUAAAAAAUGAUCCCCAGAUUUAAAAAAAACCCACUAAAUGUCGAGGAUUUCUUCAAAUAGUGUGAACAAGUGGGCAAUACUUUUAUAAAAUUAGGGCAGUAUCAGUAAGUUAGCAGCAGUCAAUUUGGAUCUAUAUUGGUAUAAAUUGACUUCACUGAACGCCACUUAUCUUUGUUAGACAACUCCAUAUUUAUUGUGCAUUAAUGACUUACCAUUUAUACUCUAGCAUAGGUCACACCAGUGGACAGGGCGCACCCUUAGUUUAGUGUUGUCUAAGUGGGGUUUUUAAGGUCGACCUGCCGACAGAUUGCAUCCUUAGUUUGGGGGGUUUCAUGGCCCCAUAUUUUUAAUAUAAAUAGAACUAAUAUUUGUUUAACAGAUGUCACAAACAUGUUUCCGUGACAACUUGAAAACUGGAAAGCUGUUGUCACAAACUUUGAAACAUGUUCCAACGUAAGCAAGAGCAGUAUGGAAAUGAUUAUCUGAUUUUUCAUAUAAAUCACACCUGCAGAGUGAUUAAGAGCAAUAGAAAUUGAUGUUGAGUGGAUAUGUUUCGCUCAUGAUUUUUAUAAAAAAAUUCGGUUAAAAAAAAAAAGUGGGACCUAUAAGCAAGUAUUUAUGGAAAAUCUUAAAGCCGAGUUGUUGCAGAGUUGGACAACAAUUGCAGUUAUUGUAGAAAGUUGGGUAAUCUACCACUUGAGCAUCGGCCAAGAAAAAAUCCAGCUGUUCAGGUCGCAAGGGCUAUUUAAACAACUAUUCUUAUAUUAUUUUUAAUGACAUUGGUUGUACAUAUUCAUUCCCAUUAUAAUAGACAAUUUUUUAAAAUAGAAAAACUAUAACAAUUUUUUUGAAAUAGAAGAUAAUGUGUAAAAAUGGAAUUAUGCAUAGUUAUCCCCCAAGUUGACAAUGAAGUUUAAAAAAAUAUAAUUUCCAUGAAAACGGUUGUGGUACCCGGUACAUGAAUCCACGUCAAUAUGAAGGGGAAAGAUCACCGUCUCUUCUUGUGCCAAACUGUCUUUUCAGUUUAUGCUUUCCGAGCAUUCACGUUUUCCACAUUCUGUGUGUGGACAUCUGCGUCAUCUGGAUCAAAAAAAAUAAUUGUUGUCUCUUUUUCUUCCUGGCAUAUCGGUAGCUUGGCAGUAAUGAUAAGUAUUUAAAUGUAUUAGUAUUGUGCUAUAUAACUUUAUAGCCUCUAUACGGAAACAAAAAUAUUAACAGACUCCAAUGUAAGAAUAGUUGUUUACAUAGCCCUUCCAAUCGGAAAAACUGGAUUUUUUCUUGGCCGACGCUCAAGUGGUAGAUUACCGAAAGUUGCAUAGCUAGGGUAAGUGCAUAGCUAGAGUAAGUGCAUAACUAGAGUAAGUGUAUAGCAAGGGUAAGUGCCUCCCUUACCCCCUCCACCUUUCCUUCCUAUAACAGUCAUUCUAGAUUUCACUUGAUGUUAUGAGGGUAUGUUGAUAUGUUAAAGGUGUGUUGAUGUGAUGAGGUUGUGUUAAUGUGAUGAGGUUGUGAUGUUGGGGUGAGGGUCUGCCGAUGUGAUGGUGUUUUGGUGUUGUUUGAUUGAUUGGAUAUUUAUGUAGUGCUGGUAUCCAUGCUACUUUAGCAUGUUAGGGCGUGUUGAUGUGGUUAAGGUGUGUUUAUAUGGUUGGGUGUGUUGAUGUGGUUGAUGUGGUGAGGGUGUGUUGAUGUGGUUAGGGUGUGUUUAUAUGGUUAGAGUGUGUUGAUGUGGUUAGAGUGUGUUGAUGUGGUUGAUGUGGUUAAGAUGUGUUCAGAUGGUGAUAAAAAUUAAUACUAGGAUCCGUUACAGGUAAAGGGGAAAUCACUCCCUUGUUAAAGGCUCCUCUUGCCUUGUUUACCAUUUAGUAAAUCAACUAGAGACCGACCGAAAGUGAUUUUAUGAUUUCGGCCGAAGCCGAAAAUAGGCCGAAAGUUUAAAAUGACUUUCGGCCGAAACCGAAAAAAGACCGAAAGUUUAAAAAUGACUUUCGGUCGAAACCGAAAAAAGGCCGAAAAAUAAAAAUGAAUUUCGGCCGAAGCCGAAACCGAAGCCGAAACCGAAAAUGAAAUGUUAAGAGAUUUUGAAAUUCGUUCCCACAUACACUCUGCAUACAUCGAAAUCGAAACCGAAAAAAGGCCGAAAAAUAAAAAUGAAUUUCGGCCGAAGCCGAAACCGAAGCCGAAACCGAAAAUGAAAUGUUAAGAGAUUUUGAAAUUCGUUCCCACAUACACUCUGCAUACAUCGAAAAUGAUUUGGAAAAGUAUAAAUAUUUACAUUCUUUUUAUAAAAAAUGAGAUAUACGUGAAUAUUAAUAAAUAAACAUCUAAAAAGGGUUCUCAAACUCGCGGCCCGCGAGCCAAUUGUGACCCGCAAGACGAUAUUUUGCGGCCCGCUACGUGACAGAAAAGUUUAUUGUAAAUGCGCGGCCCGUUUCACCCAUUCUCAUAUCUAUAACGUGACUCUCCGCGACAGUUUCAGUCGAAUCUCACCGACUAGUCUAAUUCUGAUUAUUUUUUUAAAUGCUUCUAUAUUUUUUGAAUGCAACAGUGAGUAGGUGGAUGAAAGUGAAUCCUAGUUCUUGAGAACCCUUAAUGAUUUUAUUGUUAUUUAUAAAGGUUGAGCAGAUUGUAACAGUUGUAAUCGCUUUUUUUGUGGAUUACUUGAUGCGGCCCAGUCUCAUUCAGACACUAACUCCUGCGCUUCCCCCUCCCCCCUUUUGAUGAUUUGAGUUUGAGACCCUUGAUCUAAUGAAUACUUUGGAUUUUACCAUUUUAAUAUAUAAAGAAAUUUAAAUUGCUUUACAAUUUAUUUUUAAAUUAGUAUGGUAGGAGAAUAUUUGGCAAAAAUUGGGGGGUUGGGGGGGGGUGGGGGAAAUUAAUGCAAAAUAUUAUUUUCUUAAACCGG